GGCGAGACCUUCGAACGGACGGAUCUCCCCACGAGGAAGUAAAGGAGGAGGUGUCGCGGGGGAGGUGACGGGCGGUUCGGAGUGAAUCUUUAUUGAAGGUGAUAUCUUUGUAUCGAGGAAAACAUGCCAAAUACGGUGUCGUCGUGUCUCGUCGCUUUCGGCGACGAGUCUCGAGGGAUCGCGUCGCGAUCGCCUCGUGACCGAGUUUGAGGACCAAGUGCGCUCAGUUUUGUCGCUGUUGCUGCCGUGCUGCCGGACGACGAUCCGUUGUAAAAAAGACUUAUCCUCGGACUCGCUCGAAUAUUAUUCACCUCGGCGGCUAUGGUUGUAGCCAGCAGCGGUGGGUGGGUACAAAAUGCCAGUUCGCCCGCUGGGCAGAACAAUUCCAACCUGAACCAAAAUAAUACGCAAAACAACAACAAAAUGACUGCCAAAGGUGUCCUGAUCUGUCGGGACAAUUCUCAUCCGUUCCAGGAGCGUACGUUGACCUUGGAGCAACCUGUCAAGAUCGGUCGCUCGGUAGCCAGAGCAAGAGCCGCGCCAAAUAAUGCGAUCUUCGACUGCAAAGUACUGUCCAGGAAUCACGCGUUGCUUUGGUAUUCCUCCGGUAAGUUUUAUCUACAAGACACAUGCAGCAGCAACGGUACAUUUGUCAAUAAUCAGAGACUCAGCGCCUCGGGGUUGGAGUCGACGCCCAAGGAAGUAUGUUCCGGGGAUAUAGUGCAAUUUGGAGUGGACGUUGUGGAAAGUACAAAGAAAGUUACCCAUGGAUGUAUAGUCGCUACCUUAAAAUUGUAUCUGCCAGAUGGAAAAGAGGCUAAGGCUAGUCUCAGCACUUCUGUUAGUUCACCCGCUGGAAAUGUAUCCCUCGAGGAUCUUUAUAAGCUUAAUCAAGUUAUGCAAGAAGCUUCGAGACGAGAGAAAGCCCUGUAUUCUAAACUGGGCUAUCUGCAACAGUUGGUGGAAAAUACUCGUAAAGCUGCCAAUCAAUCGUGGAAAGCACUGAUUACGGAAGACCGUCUGUUGUCGUGGGUAAUGACCGUCGAGAGCCAGUUGGCGGUUUAUUCUAAGAACUAUACCGAGGACAAGAUUAGAAACGAAUUAGCGAAGCUUCAGGAUGAGAAAGCGCAAUAUCAGAAUGCUGCCAAGGAAGCGUUACAAAAGAUACUGCAGGAGAAACUGGAGGUCACUCAGAGAUUGGUACAAUUAGAGGGACGUCUGAAUGAAACGGAGGAGGAGUGUCAAAGUUUGCACAAUGUAGCCAAGUAUACUCAAACGGAACUCCAGGAGCUCAGCGCGAAAUACGCGGAAACUCAGAAGAAACUCCAAGAGACCACCAACAAGCUCUUGGAAAGCGAGGAGAAGAUGAAGGAUAUGUUGCUCAGCGCGGAACAAGAGAAACGGGAUCUCACAAAACGACUCGAAGAUCAAUCGAGGAUCGAAAAGAACCUACGGGCGAGAUUGCGCGACUCCCGAUUGGAUUCCGUCAAUAUUUACAAGCAGAUUACUGCCUUGAGAAAUUAUACGCAGACCCUGCAGGAUAUGAAUUCAAAGCUGGAAGUGGGCGAGAAUUUCGAUUCCAAGACCAACGAAAAUCCCAUAGAAGCUAUAGAUACCAUACUCAAUAAAUUGAAUUCCAUUCACGUCGACAACGUCGACGUAGACAGCGAUAUUAAUUUUUACUUCUCCAAGAGCGAGCAGGAUAAUCAGAUGAAUUCGCCGGACGCCGAUACGAAGCAAUUGAAAUCCGCCAACUCCGAUUUAUCGUUCACCAAAGAUCAGCUGGACGAUCUACAAACGACCGACGACAGUCUCACGGAAUACAUCUUGCCACCGCCAUCAUCGACGACGCGCGUAGUAUUACAAUCGAUGUCCAGGAGAACCUUAGUCAACGGGAACUUGGCCAAUCUGGAUACCAACGACGACUCGGAUACAAACUCGGAAGCGACCGACGACACGUGUAGCAUCACGAACGAUGAUACGAGCGAGAAGUCCGUUAUAGAGAAUAAAAAGGAGGAGCUAGACACGAUGGCCGAGUUGAAGAGCAAUCUGGAGGUUCGAUUCGCCAACGUCGAGAACGGUCAACAAUUGGAGGUACACGACGAGCCAACGGAACAAAUUGCCAAAGACGAUUGCAGCAUCGCGGAGAUGGGAGAAACGGUAGAGGACGUACCGGACAACUCCAUCAUCGACGACACGAUAGACGACAGAGGCGACGAGACGGGAAACGAGCACGUCGCGCCGACAAUCGAGUGCGAGGAACGCGUAGAAGGGGAUUACAUCAAGACCUUGAAACCCGUCGUAAAGAACGACGCAGCGAUGCAACAGGCUUACCACUCCAGCAGGGACUAUGUGCUGCAGAUGUUAAUUGGCUCUUUAGACUCGUUAAGAAGCGAGGACAGCUACGAGGCUCAGCGGACGGUUAAGAGGGAGAUGGAGGAGCUGAAGGACUGGCUGAUCCGCGAGCCGAGCGAGAUCGUCGUCGACAAAUUGAAGGAGCUGUAUUAUCGCGCCAAGAACGACGCCCAGCGCAUGCAGGAGGUCACCGAGGAGCUGGUUAUAGUGAAGGAAAAAUACAACACGUUCGUCGAGGAGAAAGCGGAGCUGUCGAAAAAAUACAUGUCCCUGAAGGCGCAGUGCGGCGAUUUGCUGAGCGCGACUUACACCGUGCCGAUACAUUACGUGGCGCCUAUCGCGAUCAUGCUGGUGUGGAUGCUGCUGGAGAAAAUAUUCUAAUCUCGCGUCUCUCUUCUCCCUCUCUCUCUCUCUCUCUCUCUCUUUCUCUCUCUCUCCGCGCGCGUCCGAUAUUCUCUUCUCACAACUGCGUGUACAUAUACGAUACGAGCGUCUUGUGUCUCCCCCUCUUUCCUUUCUGGAUUUUUUUCUCUCUUUUUUUUUCCUCCUCUCGCAAUAUCGGAUGCAAAACUCGAAAAAAAUUUCGCCGAGGGCGAUCGGACUCAGCAUAAGUAUGCGUAAAUUUUAUUCUCGAUGCAAUUUCAAUGUUUUUUAUACGAACAAACGUUAAGAAUUGUACAUAUAUACAUAUAAUAUAUAUAUAUAUAUAUACAUAUAUCUUUCUCUUUAAUUUCCCGGUCCGACUCGAAGACAAGGAUAGGAAGAUAGGAAGAUAGGAGGAUAGGAAGAUUCUUUUCUUUCGCAACGACUGUUAUCGUAAGCGAGCCUUGUAUCGGCGUUAUCACGCUUUAGAAAGGAGGAGCAAGAUCAAAGAUCAGGGAAAGAAACAUCGUGCGUUAACUAUAUCGGAUUAUUAUGUAUAUCGAAGCCAGAAGCUCGCGAACACUCACGCUCUCUGGAAAUUACAAGUAGCUAGGAGGAUGGGAGGAGGGGAGGGAGGGGAAUGUAGAUAUGAUAUCACGUAUAAAAGUUCAACAUGCUGCCAAGCUGCUGCUGAGUAAUAAUGGCUCAAGUCCGAUUCAUAGAUACCGUGUAUUUUCGUUUGUACAUUUGUUUGUUUAAAAAUGAUACGUUUCUCUCUCUCUCUCUCUUUCUCUCUCUCUCCCCCCCCCCUCCCUCUCUCUAUGCGCGCGUCAGCGUGUUAAAAGAUUAAAGAUCUUAAGUAUAUAUAUGUAUAUACACAGUGUAUCUUAAAAAGCUCCCACUAAGCAAAUAGCGUUAUUCCCGAUUAAAAACCGAGUCGAAAAGUCCUGAACCAUUUUUUUUCCAAGAUUCAUUAAAUAAUUAAUCAGAUUUAAGUAUUAAAAAAAUUUCUGAAAAGAUGAAUUGUUUAAAAAUUAACACAAAACAGUUUAUUUUUUUGCUUAUCCAAAUCUUCAUAUGUUGACAACGAGGAAGUUUGUCUUUUUAUUGGCGCGAUUUUACUCAUUAAUUACUACUUUAUUAAGCAUUAUGGGGAAAAAAAUGGUUCAGGACUUUUUCAGGACUCUGUUUUUAAUCAAGAAUAACGCUAUUUGCUUAGUGGAAGCUUUUUAAGAUACACCCUGUAUAUCGUUUACCGCGAACUCACGAGGGAUACUCGUCUGCGUCUCGAGUGCGCACAUUUUUCGAUUGUUCAUGAAGUACUUUAUAAAUAAUUUGUACAUACAAAUAAUUAUAGAAAGCGAAUCUGCCGAUAUACUCAUCGUUCGGGAUAUCUAACACGCUUUUUCUUUCUAAUUCUGUAUAAUUGAGGGAUGGAUUUAAAGAGAAUCAGAGACCGAGUAGGAAAUGUGCGCCUUUUUGUGGUGGAAUGUGAGAAGGGAAGUCUCGAUCGUCGCGUUCACAUGUAUCAACAGGCAUAUAUUAUGUGUUACAGCAUUAUCCUCCCUCCCUCUCUCUCUCCUGUAAUCGUAGGUCCAUUAUUCACGAGUGAAAAUUAACCGCGAAGCGCAUCGCAAUGCGAGAUGAGUCCCGGAUCCUCCGACUUUAUUGCACAAUCAUACCUUUAUCGUCUCUCGCUCUCUCUCUCUCUCUCCCUCUCCCUCUCCCUCUCCCCUCUCUCUGUCCCUCUCCUUUCUAUAAAUGAAUAGCGUGACAAUACAAAAGCAUAUCUAUUCGAGCGACCUAAUAAACGAUAAGCGAAAACGUUUAUUCCCUGGAAGAAAAAAAAGGAAAAAUUUCUCCGCAUUUAUGGUAGACCCUUCCGUUGAUCUUUACCUUGAGGAAUGGCCUUUAUACAUCGUCUACGUCUUAAAUCGAGAAGAUCCCGCGAUAAUCGUAGUUUUCUAAUCCAUUCUUUUGAUACAAACGCGUGACGCAAAAAUUGACAGUAUUUUCUUAAUUCGUUAGUUUAGUUGGAGAGUGUGCCAUUGCUCGCAGCGCGCGUCUACUUCAAUCGCAUUAAAUAAGGAAAUCAUUCGUGUGAGUGCGUCGCGAAAGAACAAGGAUCCACGUGAUACACAUUUCCCAAGAAAGUUGCGAGCUUCGAUCGUUAGUCGCGGCUCGAUCUUAACUUUCUUGACGGAUUGAGACGUACCUAUCACGGUAUGAUUUAUCAAAGUAAAUAUGGUAAAUAAAAAUGCUGUAAAUAGUAAUGUUGAUAUAAUCUUACUACCGAUGUAAUAGUCGUAUUAUACGAAAAGGGAAAAUAAAGACAAAAGUUAACUUAAUUCAAGCAAA